UCGCCGUCGUAUCUGCAGAAUCAGUCGGAAACAACGCUGCAUGCUGUGAGGUGAUUCCCGGUAAAUAUCCUGUAUCAAUAUUACAACGGGCCACAGGCUAAUAUUAGAGACUGUCGAUAUCAUACAGAAGUCACUGAACUGCUGACGACAGAUUUCUACCCAUCGGUAUUUGUUGGCCAGUCUUCGAAUUGGGACAACGGCAGCACAGCAGUGUAAACCGUAAAAGUCCACCCUGGCUUCCCUCGGUCACGCACAGAACUCACGCAGUCACCACCGCAACAUCUGAAUCAGCAAUUAGUAUCAACUGGGUGGUUGCCCGUCGUCUUGUUCGCUUCGUCGUCGUAGGCCAGCUGCAGACCAAACCUCAGCCAUCCAAGGCUCCACAGUAGGACUGGUACACUUUUAAAUCAUCUGACGAGGUGGUGCCUCGCACUUGGGACCAACCUUAUAACCCCACCAUCGUCACUUCCCAGUCAACGGUCCAACCAUGUCCUCGUCGUUCGAUCUGUCCCAAACGUUAUCAGGCUCUAGUGCUUUCAGCCAGCCUACAGCACGACCGACAGCUGGCUCGACGUUCAUCGCGCCACCACCGGGGGAGACCGGGGGUGGAGGAGGGGGUGGAGGCGGUGGUGGAAAUGGGGGAAUGCGCCCAAUAGCCUCAAGUGCUGCAUUGUAUCUCUACACGUUCCUCGCCACGCUUGUGCUUCUCCUAUCCGUAUCUGCGGCCAUCGUUAUCCGCUCCUUCAUGCUCAGGCGGCGGCAUAGGCGAUUGGUAGAAGAAGCCAUUCGGAAUGGAACGUGGGUACCUCCGCCACCGCCAACUGGAGGCCCUGGCGGACGAGCACCUCGAGUCGACCUAUCGAAAAAGCCAAUAAUGUGGGACGCAUACCUUGGCUCAAACAGCGAGAAGGACCUGGGCGGUAACUACGGGGGCUACGAGGAACCUAGGGAUUGGGAUGCAAUCAAACCUGUCUCCGCAGCUUACCUCGCCCCUGCCGUCAAAGCGGAGCCAGGGGCUUCAAAGACCGUAGCCGAUCAACCGACUCCCAAUACGCAUUGGACAAGAAAUGUCGGGCAAACUCUGCAAUCCGGUGCCCGGUGGUUCUUUGGCUUCCCUCCACGACCCGCAUUCACUCCUUCAAGCAACGCUUCGCAGGUCAACGUGGCUGGUGCCGCAGCUGAUAAUGUCACGCCUGCCCAGCCUCCAGGGACUCCUCCGGCUUGCGGACCAGACGGUGGACCACCUGUCGUUCGAGUCGCCGUAAUAAUUGCCAUGCCACGACCGCCAAAGCCAGGGCACGCCUUAUCAUCGUCAAUACCGCCGACAGCCAGCUCGAGUACGCCAGCCUCAAGUGCACUCAGCCCAACGCAAGAUCAUCCACUUUCCCAACAACAUCCUUCGCUGUAUCGCCCACCGAACCUCGAUGAUGAUGAAGAGCCUCUACCAGUGAUGGAGAUGGGAGUGGCAGAGUUGUCGGUGGUCGAUCAUGAUGCCGAAGCGAGUAGAGAAGCGAUGGCUGCUAUCGGCGCAAAAGACCCAUUGAGUCGGGAUAGUUCCAGUUUAACAAUGGAAGCGUAACUUUCCCUCUUGCGCCUUGUGGUUUCACUUCUCUUCUUUAUUUCUUUGCUUUCGGAUCUCACGCAGUGGUUGUUGCUUCAAGGCGGGAAUCCCUCAUUAACCUUACCACACCUGACAUUCAAACCUCCUCCUCACCUUCGUGCGAUGCACCGCUCCUUGGGAUAUUGAAAGCAUACACGACCUUGUGAUGACGACGGACUCGCAUUUGUAUUUUAGUAAUUAUGGCUUUCCUUGUUGUAAACGCUGACCUUCUGCACACCUGUACAUCUAUCCCUGUUGUUAGAUCUUUUUGGACUGACCCCGCCGUCCACUUACCUUCGCAUGACCUCCCUUUUCUGACGCUGAUGAUCCAAUUCUGUAGUUUCAACUUGCCGCACUGUCAUUUAC